AUGGCGUCAUACGACACUGGUUGGGAAGAUGAACUAUUUCAACAUCCCGUUGGCCACACGUUGCAUUGUGGUAUAUGUCUGAAUGUUUUGAAGGAUCCAGUUUCGUGUCGACAUAAUGAGCAUUUGUUCUGCCGAGCUUGUAUCACCAUACAUCUCAUGAACUUUCAAACAUGUCCAUCGUGUAUGGAACCACUCACUGUCGAAUCACUGCGCCAAGCACCUCGGACCGUAACCAACUUACUUUCCGAAUUAAAGAUCCACUGUCAAUUCUUCGAUCGUGGUUGCAGACAGUUUGUUGAAUUAGGAGAUCUCGAAAGGCAUGUCACUGACUGUGGGUUUGCCCCAGCAGUCUGCUCUAACGAAGGAUGCCAACUUGAGGUGAAUAAACAAGAUUUACUACACCAUGAAACAGCUGUGUGUGAACUACGCAGAGUCAAGUGUCACAAUUGCAACGAAAUCAGACAAGAGAUGGAUACAGUGAAAGUUAAUUUGGCAGCAAUGAAUGAAAAGUUGAAAGGAGUUGGGAAACAGUUGGACAGGAAUGAGACGAGGGUUAAGGCAGUGGAGGAAAAUGUUAAAACAACGGUGGGAAAUGUGGUCGCAAAAGUUGAACUGGUUCAAGAGAAACUUCGAGGACAACUCAACAAACAGGAAGAAAGCAAUCGUCGGCUUGAAGCAGACAAUGUACAAAUGAAAAGAAGUUUAAAUGAAAUUACGAAACAACUGGAAAGAAUGACACAACAAACAUCGCAUGAAGUUCAGACUGAAGAAAUGAAGAAAGAUGUUGCAGAAGGUGGAAUGGACAGAGAGCCGAUGGUCCUUAUUGCUGGAGGCCAGAAUGGGAGAGGAAAUCUAAAUUCAGUGGAAAUGUUUAGUCUGUUAAAUGCGACCUGGACACCACUAAAGCCAAUGAAAGAGCGUCUUGAGAAAGCAUCUUCAGUUGUUCACAACAAUCAAUGUUUUGUCAUGGGAGGUAUGAAUCAGAGUGGAAUAGAUAUGAAGUCAAUUGAAAAACUAUCACUGAAUGCUGUUCAUGUUGAUCAGUCCAUCACUUGGGAAAACGUUCUUGCUGAGUUACCUGCACCAUUGAAAGGACACUGCAGUGUAGUUUACAAUGGAUGGUUGAUAGUGAUUGGAGGUUUUGAUUGUAGUAAACUUGCAUAUUCUGAUAGUAUUACUGAGAUUUCCCUCGUCCCACCUUAUACCAGUAAACUGUUGGCUACCAUGCCACAGACAAGAUAUCUUCAUGGUGUUGCAAUGUUUGGAGACAAGAUACUCAUUCUGGGAGGUAAGCUCAAUGGUUUUGCCAGAACAAAUCUUGCAAGUGUUUUGCUGUAUGAUAUCACUAAGAAUGAAUGUAAGCAGUUAGCAGCCCUCCCCUACCCCGUGUAUGAAAUGGCCACAGUCAAGUGGGGUGAUGACAGUGUGAUCAUAGCGGGUGGUGCUGACAGUGGCGAUCAACGAUUAAACAAAGUUUUAUUAUACAACAUCAAGACCCAGAAGAGUGGUAUGUUGCCAGACAUGAAGUAUAAGAGGCAGGGAUGUGUGGCUGCAGUUGUCAGAGACACUGUGAUUGUCAUGGGAGGCAUGGGUGAGAGAAAAAAGUACUUAAAGUCUGUAGAAUGUUUUCAAUUUGAUCGCUUUCGCUGGCAAGAACUUCCUGAAAUGCGGGAAGCGAGAUACUUGGCUACUGCAGUUGUAUGUUAA